AUGUCAGUUUCUCACAUGUUGAUGAACGAUGUACUAAAGUGUGCAUUUUCAAACUGGUAUUCGAUAUUCCAAGAUGUCACCAUCGAGAGUGACAUUAUCAAGCUGAAUCCAGAAGUGAAAUCAUGGCUUUUGGCAGAUGGAAUCAUACUACCGAAAGCUUGUUUUCACGAGAUGGACUCAAACUUCAGCGAAGAUGACAUUGAGGAAGAUGUUGAUGUGCCAGAGUUUCCCGAGCUUGAAGCAAGCAUUCGCCAGUCUAUUCGUAAAUAUCGCUUUGUAUUUCCAAAGCUCAACUGGAGCGCUUGUGAAGAUGCCAAGUGGAUUCAAGCUUGCGGUACCAAAUGCAAUACUCUGUCGGAGAUUUUCCUUUUGCUGAAAAGUUCUGAUAAAGUCGUCCACGAUCUUACUGAGGCUUAUAAACAAUGUACCGAUUACUCUGCUGAAUCAGUGCCCGAACUCGAGUACAGUCUGGUAUUACGCAAGUGGGAAAACAUUAAUCCUUCUAUGGAGUUUCGUUGCUUUGUCGGUCGAAAUGAAGUCAUCGGGAUUAGUCAACGUGAUGUACGGUCAUACUUUUCUCACCUACAUCGUGAUAAAGAUCAAAUCAUCUCUGAUAUUCUUGACUUUUUUAGAAGUAGAAUUCGGGAACGAUUUUCCCUUGAUUGCUUCGUUUUAGAUCUCUAUCGCCCUGCUUCUGGAAGCGUAGUUUUGAUUGAUGUAAACCCAUUUGGAGAAACUACCGAUUCGCUGCUUUUUGAUUGGGAUGAGUUGCGCUCGAAAGUGCAUGCACCUUUACCGCCAGUUUUUAGGGAUUUUCGGUUCAUUGAGGAGCAAUUUGGCGUGCAGCCUAAUCGUCUUGAAAUGAACUCUCUGCCUUUGGACGUCUUCAAUGGUAACCUUGACCCAAGCAUAUUUCAAUCAAAUUUCUCAAACGGAAACUCUGGAUAG